UUUUUUUUUUCAUAGAAAUAUCGCAUGUUGAGUGUUAUGAAUUUAACCACUGAGGAGCACGGAUAACAAUAUGUCAGGGCCAAUCAGCUCACUUUAUGUACAAUGGAAGCUUGACUACGUUUUUAAUUUUCUAUACGAGUUUUGCCUCCCUGAAAGAAGUAUAACUACAUGAGAUAACCAAGGCUAAAUCAAAACUAGAUAUAUAAUAGAAGGAAGAAGAAUUUGUGUUUCAUUUAAAGGCACUAUGUAUAAACAAAAAGAAUAUAACAAAUUUGUUAAAGAGAUAUGAAGAACAUUAUAAUCUCUGAGAACAGUAUUGUAGUAGUAAAGCUGUUUAAUAUUAUAAACAGAAAAUUUUGAAUUUAUCAGCUAGUUAAAUAUAAUUACAAAACGAUUUAUUAAUAACAACAAAAAUGCAGUGCAGAAUUGAUGAUUUACCAGAUGAAUUGUUAGAGUAUAUUUUAAGUCUUAUUCCUCCUUACAAAGAUUUACAAGAAUGUAAGCUUGUGUCAAAACGGUGGUUUCGUGCAACUAAAAAUGUCAUAGAGCACAAUGAGGCACACUUUCGCAAAGCCGUAUCAUUUGGUGCUUUGUUUUGGAGUCUUUGGCCAAAAAAAACUCGAAUGCCUACGAUAAGCAAAAGACAUUCUCAUUCAGCCUGUAUUUAUGAGAACUCUAUGUAUGUAUUUGGAGGAUGUACUGCUACUUCUACUACAUUUAAUGAUUUAUGGAGAUUAGAUUUAGAUACAAGGACUUGGGUCAGACCAAUCACAAUGGGCAGCUAUCCAUCUCCAAAGGCCUGUGCUACAAUGUUGUAUUACAAAAAAAAUUUUGUUCUGUUUGGAGGAUGGUCUUAUCCUUCUCGUUAUCCUUUACAUCAGCAAUGGAAGCUGUUUAAUGAGUUACAUGUCUACUCGAUAGAAACAAAUAAAUGGAAUGCUAUUAACACAUUAGAAGCACCACCACCUAUGUCAGCUCAUUCUGCAACGAUUCAUGGAAAUAAUAUGGUUGUUUUUGGCGGUAUUCAUUGUGGGCUUCGUUCCAAUGACUUGUGGUGUUUAAACUUGGAUACAUAUUCUUGGCAUAAACAAGCCACAGCAAUUAUAAAACCACGACCGCGUUAUGGUCAAUCGCAAAUUCAUUUAGGAGACAAACAUAUCCUUGUGCUAGGAGGUUGUACCGGUCCUAAUGCAGCUAUGAACGAUGCUUGGUUAUUAAAUAUGACAGAGCCAACAUGGAAAUGGAAAAAAGUAAUAUUAUAUCAUCCAGAAUGGGCACCAGCGCGUAUUUGGUGUCAUCAAGCUUGCAAGGUUGGAAACUAUAUUGUUGUGUUAAGUAAUAACAAGCGACAUGCUAAAGUAAAUGAUAUGAGCAUAGCAAUGAAAAAUGUUGCUUGUCAAAGACCAUCCAGAUUACCUGAUGUGUCUCCUUUGCAAGAAAGUAAACAAAGACACAGAGCAGACAUAGAUACAGAUGAAAAUGUCAAUGGACGACAUGGGUCUUUCUCAAGAUCACCCUCACAAAGUAGAAUGAGUAAUCCACCAUCGCGAAAAUCAAAUUUUUCAAAAAUCGUGCCAUUUUGUUGUGACAGUGCACUGAGUAUGGCAGCAUUUCGUGAUAAACCAACUAAUAAUAAUUUGAGUAUCAAUCGGCAGCGGCAAUUAGAAUAUCUUAAAAAAAUGGAAGAAAAGAUCAGAAGUAGAAAGAUACAAACAAAAGUUGCGAAAAGAACAGAGAAUACGUUAUCUAUAUUUAUUUUAGAUAUAAGCAAAGUACUUUGUGACGAAUGUAGUGCAUCUUGGGUUCCCUUGAAAGAAAUCGAUCAAUCAGGGCCAGAUGAAAGAAUUUUGUAUUCGCUUGUGAUGGGAAGAGGAGAGUUAAUUGUAUUUGGAGGUAUUCGUAAAGAGCAAACUACUAUGCAAAGUCAGCCAGAUGUGGAUGAUUUAGAAGUGUAUAAUGAUCUGCAUUUUAUAAAUCCACCAAAAUAUGUUAUAUAAUAUUAUAUAAACGUGAAAGCUUGGUUUUCAAGAUUCCUAUGUACGGAAGUACUGUGGAACCUAUUCACUUCUAUAAGACUAUAGAUCUAAGGUGACGGAAUUGAUGUGAUAAUAAUUUUAAAAUACAAGAGAAUCAAAUACUUCGGACAUAAAUUAUUUGAUUUCAAAAUUUUUAUUCAAACAUUUUGUUCUAUUUUCAUAAAUAGAGUAUAUUUCAGAUAUCAAACUUGCAAAUCUUAUAAUUUAAUUUAUUAAUAAUCCUAUAUUAUUUUUAAUAAAAGUAAUGAGGUAAUACGCGCGUGAAAAAUCAUUGAUCUAUUAAAUAUUAAAAUUAUAUAUAUUAUUUAAAAUAAUUGCAUAAAAAAUCAAUACAGUCUCAUAAUAUGUAUUUCUAAUAUAUACACAAUCUCUCUGCAUUAGUAAUAAUAAUACGUAAGAAUAAUAUUUAUACGAAUAUUUGCUUGAAGGAAAGCUUUCUAAAUGUCCCUUUAAAUGAUGUAAUAUGAUUUAAAGUGUAUUAUAUAUGUUGUACGUAUGUACAUACAUUCAAAAUUAUACGCAAAAAAAAUUUUUUUUGCUAUUUAAAUAAAUCUUAAUGUCAAUUAACAGUGCAAUAUUAAUAACAAACGAUUUUUUUUCUGGUUUUAGACCACUCAGACAAAUCUUGAUAGUAGAUUAAUUAUUUUUCAUAAUAACUGCACUUUAUAUCUAAAUACACAAAUUGCAACGAACA